AUGUUAGAUCUACCCUCUGUCCUCAUCAUAUCAUAUUACAGUAUGUUAGAGCUACCCUCUGUCCUCAUCAUAUCAUAUUACAGUAUGUUAGAGCUACCCUCUGUCCUCAUCAUAUCAUAUUACAGUAUGUUAGAGCUACCCUCUGUCCUCAUCAUAUCAUAUUACAGUAUGUUAGAGUUACCCUCUGUCCUCAUCAUAUCAUAUUACAGUAUGUUAGAGCUACCCUCUGUCCUCAUCAUAUUACAGUAUGUUAGAGCUACCCUCUGUCCUCAUAUAUAUUACGGUAUGUUAGAGCUACCCUCUGUCCUCAUCAUAUCAUAUUACAGUAUGUUAGAGCAAACCCUCUGUCCUCAAUCCUAUUACAGUAUGUUAGAGCUACCCUCUGUCCUCACAUCUAAUCAUAUCAGUGUUAGAGCUACCCUCUGUCCUCAUCAAUCAUAUUACGGUAUGUUAGAGCUACCCUCUGUCAUAUCAUUUUAAACAGUAUGUUAGAGCUACCCUCUGUCCUCAUCAUAUUAGAGUAUGUUAGAGCUUCCCUAUGUCCUCAUCAUAUUACAGAAAUGUUAGAGCUACCCUCUGUCCCCCAUCAUAUCAUAUUACAGUAUGUUAGAGUUUAACCCUCUGUCCUCAUCAUAUUACAGUAUGUUAGAGCUACCCUCUGUCCUCAUCAUAUCAUAUUACAGUAUUUUUAAGCUACCCUCUGCCCUCAUCAUAUCAUUUUACAGUAUGUUAGAGCUACCCUCUGUCCUCAUCAUUUUCAUAUUCAGGUAGAGCUGCCCUCUGUCCUCAUCAUAUCAUAUUUUCAGUAUGUUAGAGCUAACCCUCUGUCCUCAUCAUAUUACGGUAUGUUAGAGCUACCGUCUGUCCUCAUAUCAUAUUACGGUAUGUUAGAGCUACCCUCUGUCCUCAUCCUAUCAUAUUACAGUAUGUUAGAGCUACCUCCUGUCCUCAUCAUAUCAUAUUACAGUAUGUUAGAGCUACCCUCUGUCCUCAUCAUAUUACAGUAUGUUAGAGCUACCCUCUGUCCUCAUCAUAUUACAGUAUGUUAGAGCCUCUGUCCUCAUAUCAUAUUACGGUAUUAUAAGCUACCCUCUGUCCUCCUCAUAUCAUAUUACAGUAUGUUAGAGCUAUCCUCUGUCCUCAUCAUAUCAUAUUACAUAUGUUAGAGCUACCCUCUGCCUCAUCAUAUUACAGUGUUUAGAGCUACCCUCUGUCCUCAUCAUAUAAUAUUACAGUAUGUUAGAGCUACCCUCUGUCCUCAUCAUAUCAUAUUACAGUAUGUUAGAGCUACCCUCUGUCCUCAUCAUAUUACAGUAUGUUUAGAGCUACCCUCUGUCCUCAUCAUAUUACAGUAUGUUAGAGCUAACCCUCUGUCCUCACUAUCAUAUUACAGUAUGUUAGAGCUAUCCUCUGUCCUCAUCAUAUCAUAUUACAGUAUGAUAGAGCUAUCCUCUUUUCCUCAUCAUAUCAUUUUACAGUAUUUUUAGAGCUACCCUCUGUCCUCAUUAUACAAUUACAGUAUUUUAAAGGGCUACCCUCUGUCCUAAAUCGUAUCCUAUUACAGUAUGUUUGAGCUACCCUCUGUCCUCACCCAUAUUACAGUAUUUAGAGCAAACCCUCUUUCCUCAUCAUAUUCGUAUUUUAGAGCUACCCUCUUCCUCAUCAUAUUACAGUAUGUUAGAGCUACCCUGUCCUAUCAUAUCAUAUUCAGUAUGUUAGAGCUACCCUCUGCCCCAUACAUAUUACAGUAUGUUAGAGCUACCCCUCUGUCCUCAUAUCAUAUUACAGUAUGUUAGAGCUACCCUCUGUCCUCAUAUCUUUAUACAGUAUGUUAGAGCUAACCCUCUGUCCUCAUAUCAUAUUACAGUAUGUUAGAGCUACCUCCUGUCCUCAUCAUAUCAUAUUACAGUAUGUUAGAGCUAUCCUCUGUCCUCAUCAUAUUACAGAAUGUUAGACCUACACUGUCCUCAUCAUUUCAUAUUACAGUAUGUUAGAGCUAUCCUCUGUCCUCAUCAUAUCAUUUUACAGUAUGUUAGAGCUAUCCUCUGUCCUCAUCAUAUCAUAUUACAGUAUGUUAGAGCUAUCUUCUGUCCUCCUCAUAUCAUAUUACAGUAUGUUAGAGCUAUCCUCUGUCCUCAUCAUAUCAUAUUACAGUAUGUUAGAGCUACCCUCUGUCCUCAUCAUAUCAUAUUACAGUAUGUUAGAGCUACCCUCUGUCCUCAUCGUAUUACAGUAUGUUACAGCUACCCUCUGUCCUCAUCAUAUCAUAUUACAGUAUGUUAGAGCUACCAUCUGUCCUCAUCAUAUUACAGUAUGUUAGAGCUACCCUCUGUCCUCAUCAUAUCAUAUUACAGUAUGUUAGAGCUACCCUCUGUCCUCAUCAUAUUACAGUAUGUUAGAGCUAUCCUCUGUCCUCAUCAUAUUACAGUAUGUUAGAGCUACCCUCUGUCCUCAUCAUAUCAUAUUACAGUAUGUUAGAGUUACCCUCUGUCCAUAUCAUAUUACAGUAUGUUAGAGCUACCGUCUGUCCUCAUAUCAUAUUACAGUAUGUUAGAGCUACCCUCUGUCCUCAUAUCAUAUUACAGUAUAUUAGAGCUACCCUCUGUCCUCAUCAUAUCAUAUUACAGUAUGUUAGAGCUACCCUCUGUCCUCAUCAUAUCAUAUUACAGUAUGUUAGAGCUACCCUCUGUCCUCAUCAUAUCAUAUUACAGUAUAUUAGAGCUACCCUCUGUCCUCAUCAUAUCAUAUUACAGUAUGUUAGAGCUAUCCUCUGUCCUCAUCAUAUCAUAUUACAGUAUGUUAGAGCUACCUCCUGUCCUCAUCAUAUUACAGUAUGUUAGAGCUACCCUCUGUCCUCAUCAUAUUACAGUAUGUUAGAGCUACUCUCUGUCCUCAUCAUAUUACAGUAUUUUAGAGCUACCCUCUGUCUUCAUAUCAUAUUACAGUAUGUUAGAGCUACCCUCUGUCCUCAUAUCAUAUUACAGUAUGUUAGAGCUACCCUCUGUCCUCAUCAUAUCAUAUUACAGUAUGUUAGAGCUACCCUCUGUCCUCAUCAUAUUACAGUAUGUUAGAGCUACCCUCUGUCCUCAACAUAUCAUAUUACAGUAUGUUAGAGCUACCCUCUGUACUCAUCAUAUCAUAUUACAGUAUGUUAGAGCUACCCUCUGUCCUCAUCAUAUCAUAUUACAGUAUUUUAGAGCUACCCCCUGUCCUCAUCAUAUCAUAUUACAGUAUGUUAGAGCUACCCUCUGUCCUCGUAUCAUAUUACAGUAUGUUAGAGCUACCCUCUGUCCUCAUAUCAUAUUACAGUAUGUUAGAGCUACCCUCUGUCCUCAUCAUAUCAUAUUACAGUAUGUUAGAGCUACCCUCUGUCCUCAUCAUUCAAUUACAGAAAUGUUAGAGCUCCCUCUGUCCUCAUCAUAUCAUUUACAGUAUUUAGAGCAAACCCUCUGUCCUCAUCAUAUCUUUACGUUUUUGUUAGAGCUAUCCUUGCCCCUCAUCAUAUCAUUUUUACAGUAUUUUUAGAGCAAACCUCCUGUCCUCAUCAUAUUACAUAUGUUAGAGCUACCCUCUGUCCUCAUAAAUAUUACAGUUGUUAGAGCUACUCUCUGUCCUCAUCAUAUUACAGUAUUUUAGGGGCAAAACCCUCUGUCUUCAUAUCAUAUUACAGUAGUUAGAGCUACCCUCUGUCCCCCAUAUCAUAUUACAGUAUGUUAGAGCUACCCUCUUCCUCAUCAUACAUAUUACGUAUUUUUAGAGCUACCUCUGUCCUCACCCAUAUUACAGUAUGUUAGAGCUACCCUCUGUCCUCAAAUCAUUUUACAGUAUGUUUAGAGUUUACCCCUCUGUCCUCAUCAUAUCAUAUUACAGUAUGUUAGAGCUACCCUCUGUCCUCAUCAUAUCAUAUUACAGUAUUUUAGAGCUAAACCCCGUCCUCAUCAUAUCAUAUUACAGAUUUAGAGCUACCCUCUGUCCUCUAUCAUAUUACAGUAUGUUAGAGCUACCCUCCUGUCCCCAUAUCAUAUUACAGUAUGUUAGAGCUAAACCCUCUGUCCUCAUCAUAUCAUAUUACAGUAUGUUAGAGCUACCCUCUGUCCUCAUCAUAUCAUAUUACGUAUGUUAGAGCUACCCUCUGCCCCUCAUCAUUUACAUUUAUGUUGACCUACCCUCUGUCCUCAUCAUAUCAUAUUACAGUAUGUUAGAGCUACCCUCUGUCCCCCAUCAUAUCAUAUUACAAGUAUUUUAGAGCAAACCCUCUGUCCUCAUCAUAUCAUAUUACAGUAUUUUAGAGCUACCCUCUGUCCUCAUCAUCUUACAGUAUGUUAGAGCUACGCUCUUUCUUCAUAUCAUAUUACGGUAUGUUAGAGCUACCCUCUGUCCUCAUCCUAUCAUAUUACGGUAUGUUAGAGCUACCUCCUGUCCUCAUCAUAUCAUAUUACAGUAUGUUAGAGCUACCCUCUGUCCUCCUCAUAUCAUAUUACGGUAUGUUAGAGCUACCCUCUGUCCUCAUCAUAUCAUAUUACAGUAUAUUAGAGCUAUCCUCUGUCCUCAUCAUAUUACAGUAUGUUAGAGCUACCCUCUGUCCUCAUAUCAUAUUACAUUAUGUUAGAGCUACCCUCUGUCCUCAUCCUAUCAUAUUACGGUAUGUUAGAGCUACCUCCUGUCCUCAUCAUAUCAUAUUACAGUAUGUUAGAGCUCCCCUCUGUCCUCCUCAUAUCAUAUUACAGUAUUUUAGAGCUACCCUCUGUCCUCAUCAUAUUACAGUAUGUUAGAGCUACCCUCUGUCCUCAUCAUAUCAUAUUACAGUAUGUUAGAGCUACCCUCUGUCCUCCAUAUCAUAUUACAGUAUGUUAGAGCUACCCUCUGUCCUCAUCAUAUCAUAUUACAGUAUGUUAGAGCUACCCUCUGUCCUCAUCAAAUCAAAUCAAAUUUUAUUGGUCACAUGCGCCGAAUACAACAGGUGCAGACAAUAAAACAACAACAAAAAAAAGUGUUGAGAAAAAAAAGAGCAGAAGUAAAAUAAAAUAACAGUAGGGAGGCUAUAUAUACAGGGGGGUACCGUUGCAGAGUCAAUGUGCGGGGGCACCGGCUAGUUGAGGUAAUAUGUACAUGUGGGUAGAGUUAAAGUGACUAUGCAUAAAUAAUUAACAGAGUAGCAGCAGCGUAAAAAGGAUGGGGGUGGGGGGGCAGUGCAAAUAGUCCGGGUAGCCAUGAUUAGCUGUUCAGGAGUCUUAUGGCUUGGGUGUAGAAGCUGUUGAGAAGUCUUUUGGACCUAGACUUGGCACUCCGGUACCGCUUGCCGUGCAGUAGCAGAGAGAACAGUCUAUGACUAGGGUGGCUGGAGUCUUUUACAAUUUUGAGGGCCUUCCUCUGACACCGCCUGGUAUAGAGGUCCUGGAUGGCAGGAAGCUUGGCCCCAGUGAUGUACUGGGCCGUACGCACUACCCUCUGUAGUGCCUUGCGGUCGGAGGCCAAGCAGUUGCCAUACCAGGCGGUGAUGCAACCAGUCAGGAUGCUCUCGAUGGUGCAGCUGUAGAAUUUUUUGAGGAUCUGAGGACCCAUGCCACAUCUUUUCAGUCUCCUGAGGGGGAAUAGGCUAUGUCGUGCCCUCUUCACGACUGUCUUGGUGUGUUUGGACCAUGAUAGUUCGUUGGUGAUGUGGACACCAAGGAACUUGAAGCUCUCAACCUGUUCCACUACAGCCCCGUCGAUGAGAAUGGGGGCAUGCUCAGUCCUCUUUUUUUUUUCCUGUAGUGCACAAUCAUCUCCUUCGUCUUGGUCACGUUGAGGGAGAGGUUGUUGUCUUGGCACCACACGGCCAGGUCUCUGACCUCCCUAUAGGCUGUCUCAUCGUUGUCGGUGAUCAGGCCUACCACUGUUGUGUCGUCGGCAAACUUAAUGAUGGUGUUGGAGUCGUGCCUGGCCAUGCAGUCAUGGGUGAACAGAGAGUACAGGAGGGGACUGAGAACGCACCCCUGAGGGGUCCCCGUGUUGAGGAUCAGUGUGGCAGAUGUGUUGUUACCUACCCUUACCACCUGGGGGCAGCCCGUCAGGAAGUCCAGGAUCCAGUUGCAGUUGGAGGUGUUUAGUCCCAGGAUCCUUAGCUUAGUGAUGAGCUUUGAGGUCACUAUGGUGUUGAAUGCUGAGCUGUAGUCAAUGAAUAGCAUUCUCACGUAGGUGUUCCUCUUGUCCAGGUGGGAAAGGGCAGUGUGGAGUGCAAUAGAGAUUGCAUCAUCUGUGGAUCUGUUGGGGCGGUAUGCAAAUUGGAGUGGGUCUAGGGUUUCUGGGAUAAUGCUGUUGAUGUGAGCCAUGACCAGCCUUUCAAAGCACUUCAUGGCUACAGACGUCAGUGCUACGGGUCGGUAGUCAUUUAGGCAGGUUAUCUUAGAGUCCUUGGGCACGGGGACUAUGGUGGUCUGCUUGAAACAUGUUGGUAUUACAGACUCAGUCAGGGACAUGUUGAAAAUGUCAGUGAAGACACUUGCCAGUUGGUCAGCACGUGCUCGGAGUACACGUCCUGGUAAUCCGUCUGGCCCUGCGGCCUUGUGAAUGUUGACCUGCUUAAAAGUCUUACUCACAUCGGCUACGGAGAGCGUGAUCACAUAGUCAUCCGGAACAGCUGGUGCUCUCAUGCAUGCUUCAGUGUUGCUUGCCUCGAAGCGAGCAUAGAAGUGGUUUAGCUCGUCUGGUAGGCUUGUCACUGGGCAGCUCACGGCUGUGCUUCCCUUUGUAGUCUGUAAUAGUUUUCAAGCCCUGCCACAUCCGACGAGCGUCAGAGCCAGUGUAGUACGAUUCAAUCUUAGUCCUGUAUUGACUCUUUGCCUGUUUGAUGGUUCGUCGGAGGGCAUAGCGGGAUUUCUUAUAAGCGUCCGGGUUAGAGUCCCGUUCCUUGAAAGCGGCAGCUCUACCCUUUAGCUCAGUGCGGAUGUUUCCUGUAAUCCAUGGCUUCUGGUUGGGGUAUGUACGUAUGGUCACUGUGGGGACGACAUCAUUGAUGCACUUAUUGAUGAAGCCAGUGACUGAUGUGGUGUACUCCUCAAUGCUGUCUGAAGAAUCCCGGAACAUGUUCCAGUCUGUGCUAGCAAAACAGUCCUGUAGCUUAGCAUCUGCGUCAUCUGACCACUUUUUUAUUAACCGAGUCACUGGUGCUUCCUGCUUUAGUUUUUGCUUAUAAGCAGGAAUCAGGAGGAUAGAGUUAUGGUCAGAUUUGCCAAAUGGAGGGCGAGGGAGAGCUUUGUAUGCGUCUCUGUGUGUGGAGUAAAGGUGGUCUAGAGUUUUUUUUCCUCUGGUUGCACAUUUAACAUGCUGGUAGAAAUUAGGUAGAACGGAUUUAAGUUUCCCUGCAUUAAAGUCCCCGGCCACUAGGAGCGCUGCAUCUGGAUGAGCGUUUUCCUGUUGAUUUAUGGCCUUGUACAACUCAUUCAGUGCAAUCUUAAUGCCAGCAUUGGUUUGUGGUGGGUAAAUAGACAGCUAUGAAAAAUAUAGAUGAAAGCUCUCUUGGUAAAUAGUGUGGUCUACAGCUUAUCAUAAGAUACUCUACCUCAGGCGAGCAAAACCUCGAGACUUCCUUAGUAUUUGAUUUUGUGCACCAGCUGUUGUUUACAAAUAUACACAGACCGCCACCCCUUGUCUUACUGGAGUCAGCCGUUCUAUCCUGCCGAUGUAGUCUAUAGCCCGCUAGCUGUAUGUUAUCAAUGUCGUCGUUCAGCCACGACUCGGUGAAACAUAAGAUAUUACAGUUUUUAAUGUCCCGUUGGUAGGAUAACCGUAGUCUUAAAUCAUCCAAUUUAUUUUCAAAUGAUUGAACGUUGGCUAAUAGGAUUGAUGGAAGAGGCAGUUUACUCGCUCGCCGUCGGAUCCUUACAAGGCACCCCGAUCUACGUCCACGAUAUCUCUGUCUUUUCCUCACGCGAAUGACGGGGAUUUGGGCCUUGUCGGGUGUCUGUAUGAUAUCCUUCGCGGCCGCCUCGUUGAAGAAAAAAUCUUUGUCCAAUACGAGGUGAGUAAUCGCUGUCCUGAUAUCCAGAAGCUCUUUUUGGUUAUAAGAGACAAUGGCAGAAACAUUAUGUACAAAAUAAAUUACAAAUAACGCGGAAAAACACACAUAAUAGUACAAUUGGUUAGAGGGCUGUAAAACGGCAGCCAUCUUCUCCGGCGCUGUUAUCAUAUCAUAUUACAGUAUGUUAGAGCUACCCUCUGUCCUCAUAUCAUAUUACGGUAUGUUAGAGCUACCCUCUGUCCUCAUCAUAUCAUAUUACAGUAUGGUAGGGCUAUCCUCUGUCCUCAUCAUAUCAUAUUACAGUUUGUUAGAGCUAUCCUCUGUCCUCAUCAUAUUACAGUAUGUUAGAGCUACCCUCUGUCCUCAUAUCAUAUUACGGUAUGUUAGAGCUACCCUCUGUCCUCAUCAUAUCAUAUUACGGUAUGUUAGAGCUAUCCUCUGUCCUCAUCAUAUUACAGUAUGUUAGAGCUACCCUCUGUCCUCAUAUCAUAUUACGGUAUGUUAGAGCUACCCUCUGUCCUCAUCCUAUCAUAUUACGGUAUGUUAGAGCUACCUCCUGUCCUCAUCAUAUCAUAUUACAGUAUGUUAGAGCUCCCCUCUGUCCUCAUCAUAUUACAGUAUGUUAGAGCUACCCUCUGUCCUCCUCAUAUCAUAUUACAGUAUGUUAGAGCUACCCUCUGUCCUCAUCAUAUCAUAUUACAGUAUGUUAGAGCUACCCUCUGUCCUCAUCAUAUCAUAUUACAGUAUGUUAGAGCUACCCUCUGUCCUCAUCAUAUCAUAUUACAGUAUGUUAGAGCUACCCUCUGUCCUCAUCAUAUCAUAUUACAGUAUUUAGAGCUACCCUCUGUCCUCAUCAUAUCAUAUUACAGUAUGUUAGAGCUACCCUCUGUCCUCAUCAUAUCAUAUUACGGUAUGUUAGAGCUACCCUCUGUCCUCAUCAUAUCAUAUUACAGUAUGGUAGGGCUAUCUUCUGUCCUCAUCAUAUCAUAUUACAGUUUGUUAGAGCUAUCCUCUGUCCUCAUCAUAUUACAGUAUGUUAGAGCUACCCUCUGUCCUCAUAUCAUAUUACUGUAUGGUAGGGCUAUCCUCUGUCCUCAUCAUAUCAAAUUAUAGUUUGUUAGAGCUAUCCUCUGUCCUCAUCAUAUUACGGUAUGUUAGAGCUACCCUCUGUCCUCAUCCUAUCAUAUUACGGUAUGUUAGAGCUACCUCCUGUCCUCAUCAUAUCAUAUUACAGUAUGUUAGAGCUCCCCUCUGUCCUCAUCAUAUUACAGUAUGUUAGAGCUACCCUCUGUCCUCCUCAUAUCAUAUUACAGUAUUUUAGAGCUACCCUCUGUCCUCAUAUCAGAUUACGGUAUGUUAGACCUACCCUCUGUCCUCAUCAUAUUACAGUAUGUUAGAGCUAUCCUCUGUCCUCAUCAUAUCAUAUUACAGUAUGUUAGAGCUACCUUCUGUCCUCAUAUCAUAUUACAGUAUGUUAGAGCUACCCUCUGUCCUCAUCAUAUCAUAUUACAGUAUGUUAGAGCUACCCUCUGGCCUCAUAUCAUAUUACGGUAUGUUAGACCUACCCUCUGUCCUCAUCAUAUUACAGUAUUUUAGAGCUACCCUCUGUCCUCAUAUCAUAUUACGGUAUGUUAGACCUACCCUCUGUCCUCAUCAUAUCAUAUUACAGUAUGUUAGAGCUACCCUCUGUCCUCAUCAUAUCAUAUUACAGUAUGUUAGAGCUAUCCUCAUCUUAUCAUAUUACAGUAUGUUAGAGCUACCUCCUUUCCUCAUCAUAUCAUAUUACAGUAUGUUAGAGCUACCCUCUGUCCUCAUAAUAUCAUAUUACAGUAUUUUAGAGCUACCCUCUGUCCUCAUAUCAUAUUAUGGUAUGUUAGAGCUACCCUCUGUCCUCAUCAUACCAUAUUACAGUAUGUUAGAGCUACCGUCUGUCCUCAUCAUAUCAUAUUGCAGUAUGUUAGAGCUACCCUCUGUCCUCAUAUCAUAUUACGGUAUGUUAGAGCUACCCUCUGUCCUCAUCCUAUCAUAUUACAGUAUGUUAGAGCUACCUCCUGUCCUCAUCAUAUCAUAUUACAGUAUGUUAGAGCUCCCCUCUGUCCUCCUCAUAUCAUAUUACAGUAUUUUAGAGCUACCCUCUGUCCUCAUAUCAGAUUACGGUAUGUUAGACCUACCCUCUGUCCUCAUCAUAUUACAGUAUGUUAGAGUGGUCCUCUGUAGCUCAGCUGGUAGAGCACGGCGCUUGUAACGCCAAGGUAGUGGGUUCGUUCCCCGGGACCACCCGUACACAAAAAAAUGUAUGCACGCAUGACUGUAAGUCGCUUUGGAUAAAAGUGUCUGCUAAAUGGCAUAUUAUUAUUAUAUUAGCUAUCCUCUGUCCUCAUCAUGUCAUAUUACAGUAUGUUAGAGCUACCUUCUGUCCUCAUAUCAUAUUACAGUAUGUUAGAGCUACCCUCUGUCCUCAUAUCAUAUUACGGUAUGUUAGACCUACCCUCUGUCCUCAUCAUAUCAUAUUACAGUAUUUUAGAAUUACCCUCUGUCCUCAUAUCAUAUUACGGUAUGUUAGACCUACCCUCUGUCCUCAUCAUAUCAUAUUACAGUAUUUUAGAGCUACCCUCUGUCCUCAUAUCAUAUUACUGUAUGUUAGAGCUACCCUCUGUCCUCAUCAUAUCAUAUUACAGUAUGUUAGAGCUAUCCUCUAUCCUCAUCAUAUCAUAUUACAGUAUGUUAGAGCUAUCCUCUAUCCUCAUCAUAUCAUAUUACAGUAUGUUAGAGCUACCCUCUGUCCUCAUCAUAUUACAGUAUGUUAGAGCUACCCUCUGUCCUCAUAUCAUAUUACAGUAUGUUAGAGCCACCCUCUGUCCUCAUAUCAUAUUACAGUAUGUUAGAGCUACCCUCUGUCCUCAUCAUAUCAUAUUAUGGUAUGUUAGAGCUACCCUCUGUCCUCAUCAUAUCAUAUUACAGUAUGUUAGAGCUACCCUCUGUCCUCAUCAUAUCAUAUUACAGUAUGUUAGAGCUACCCUCUGUCCUCAUCAUAUCAUAUAACAGUAUGUUAGAGCUACCCUCUGUCCUCAUCAUAUCAUAUUAUGGUAUGUUAGAGCUACCCUCUGUCCUCAUCAUAUCAUAUUACAGUAUGUUAGAGCUACCCUCUGUCCUCAUCAUAUCAUAUUACAGUAUUUAG